GGUUCAAGGCAAAUUUUAUACACGAUUCAGUCGUUUGGAACUCAACGGCGAAAUAAGGCGAAAACAGCCAUGCUCUGCAACAGUGUCUUGAAUAUUUCUUUUCUUUUGACUUUCAUUUGUCCAGUUGUCAUUGCCUCAGGGUCACCCAACUUGGAAGGAUACCCUGAUCAAUUGAAAUUGUCUAAAUUCACCCGAGUCGGUAAUAAACUGUAUCAUUUCAGUCGAUCAAAGGCAAAUUGGUUCAAAGCAAAUUUAAUAUGCCGAUCUAUGGGUGGUUACUUAGCCGCUUUUGACAAUCAACAAGAAUUCGAGGAAUUGACUGAUUAUUUAGAAAACGAAUAUUCAACGUACAGAUGGUGGUAGAUAUCAGGAUCUGAUCUAGAUUCAGAGGGUAAUUUUUAUUGGUACCGAACUGGAAAACCAGUAAUAUAUGCUGAAUGGUCGCUUGGACAGCCUGAUAAUGCUGGAGGCAAUGAAGAUUGUAUGCAUUUAUGGUACAGUAU